UUUCCCUCGUUCUAUUUCCCCGUUCCUCAUUCCAAGUUUGUAGGAUAGUAAUUCAAAAUAGCUUAAUUAAAUAUUUACUUGUUUUCCUUUAGCCUGUGCUCCUGACCCCUAACUUGAAAGCAAGGAUCGAGAUACCGGGGGGUGGGGCGGGGAUCGUAAGUAGCAUAGAUAAACUACUUUUAUUUUAUCAAAUAUGGCUGUUGUUACACUAUUUUUAUUAGGGCUGGCCCCCCAAACAAAAAGUUGUAACCGGUCUUUGCUUCAAAGUAGAGAUCGCUAGACACAGGCUAGACUUUUCGGGCAACCAAGCCGCGGUACUGUAUAUGAUAAAUUAUAAUAAGGCCAUUUAGGGCAGUAGAGCAACUGGAUUACAGCCUUUCCUAUUGGCCUGUUCUAGGCUUAGAAAUGGCCUGUUCUAGGCUGAAAUCACAUAUCAAAGCUACCCUGCCUAGUAUAUCUUCCAAGUCGUGCACGUGUCAUAUUUGGUUCCCCUUCUAAAGGUCCCCCGUUCCUUGUUUUACAAUCAACCCAAACCGAAAAGAAUUUGCGUGAUGUUUCAGCAUCUCAUUGAAUGAUAACAAACAAUCACUUAUCGGCUAUUGUUUACACGCUGUGUUGCAACCAUAGAAACUGGCACUUGGAGAAACCUCCCCGAUGAUUGAUUAUUUGGUUGGAUGCAUGCUUGCAUAUUUUGUGAUAUUAUCGCAUCCUGCAUAUACCAUGGAUGAAGCUCAACAUUUCUUUGCAACAUCUGCGAUACUUUCAUUUGACUGGCAAAUCUUCUGUCUCGGCCUCAGUUUUGUUUAUAUGUUUUAUUAUCUACUGUUUGUUGUGAGACGGCCUAGACUUAUCUGUCGCGAUGGCAAAUUCAGGCGCAAGCUAAAACAACACAUGCUGAUUAUGAAUGAAUACUACUGGCCAACGUUUUGGUGUUUUUCAUCACACAUGAUGACGGUUUGUUGUGCAGUGUUUAGAGCAAAGCUACCAGUCCCUUACAGAAGGGAAUAUAUCGAAACUCCAGAUGGGGAAAAAUUGUGCCUGGAUUGGGUGGACAAUGAUGAUUCCAAUAGCAUACAUCCUGACAUCACAACGAGGCCAACUCUUGUCAUUGUACCAGGAAUGACAGGUUGCAGCGAUGAAAGCUAUUGCCGAAACCUCGUUUUAGCUGCCAAAGAAAUGGGAAUGAGAUCGCUAGUAAUGACAAAUCGUGGAUCUGGAAAGAAUUGGACUCUCAAGACACCUAGAAUGUUUAGUGGCAAUAAUACUGACGACCUACGCCUGGUGAUGAAAUAUUUAGAGUCAAUGUUUCCAAAGUCACCCGUCAUUGGUAUGGGAAUAUCUUUCGGAGGGUGCAUAAUGACGCACUAUGUUUCAGAACUUAAUAAGAAUCAAAAGCAAAUGAUUGGAGCAUUUCUCAUAUCUGUUCAGUGGAACUGCUAUAAAUCUUUGGAUUCUCUUGAGAAGCCUUUCAAUUGGUUGCUGUACAAUCGAUAUCUAACUAAACAUCUCAAAGCGAUAAUUCAGAGAAACCUUCACGUUUAUGAGCAGCACAUGAAUGAUCUACCCUUUUCACUUGACCACGUUUUCAAGUCGAAGACUAUAAGAGAAUUCGACGAUAGGCUGACGAGUAAAAUGUUUGGCUAUGAAAAUCACAAAGAAUACUACGAUGAAGCGACGCUUGACUCGGAGCAUCUUUUAGCAAAAAUCAGAAUUCCGACAAUGUUCUUGAACUCUGCAGAUGACCCAUUUGCUCCGGAGGAAACCAUUCCUAAAGAGCUUAUAUGCAAAAAUCCGUCUAUAUCUUUGUUGCUGACAGAAUAUGGCGGCCAUAUUGGAUUCAUGGAUAGCUCGUUGAUCACUUCUAAGUCGUUAAUGGAGAAAACCUUCCAGCAAUUUGCUCACGUCAUUCUGAAAAAAGGAUCUAUCAGCUAGUCAUCAUCAUUCAAGUUUGCAUUUCACAAAUAUAGAAGUAGAAUCAAAGUAACAUCUUCUAACAGUAAAGAUUUUUAAGGAUAUUUAUUUUAUAACAUCUUCUUUUUGUCAGCUGUUCGUUGCUUUAUGACCGUGUUCUCAAUUCCUCCCAACCUUCUUAAAUUAUUCCCCCAACUUUUCAGAGGACAUUUUCUCUGCCUGCCCUAAGUCUCAAUUCCAAUGUAAAACCUAUUAUGUUCUGAAUCGAAGCUAAAAAAGUCUUGAGUAAGAAAGGUAAAAAAGAAUCUCCAGCCUUGGUUCUCCAUGACUUAUCAAGUUAACUAAUUAUUCUAAUUUAUGCAAUGCUAUUUCAAUAUCUGCAUAAAUCACAACAUUACAACAAAUCACAAUAAAGCAGUGAUUGUUUAAGGCAAAAAAGCAGCGAAAUAUUUUCAAGUAAAUUACUCCGUGUUUAUCGCUUCUCGUACAUUGAUCAGAUGAAGGAAAAUUACUGUGUUCCAAAAAAACUGUUUUAGACAGAAAACCCCUCCCUAAACAGCUGCAACACAAUAGCCUCCUCCAUAGUGCAUAAAACCAGAAAGUUUUACGUCGCUGCGCUUUUGAAAUUUUGGGCGUGGUCGUCUGCCAAUAGACUGUUACGAGAGAGGCUGCAACAGCCUUCCAUUUAUGGGGCCGAGAGUUGAAAAUCAAGAAAGUCACUAGUCGCUUCCGUUUUCGGGGGACAAAAACCGGUGCUAAAUGAUUGGGGUUGAAGUAUAAAAUACAAUAAAUAAGUGCUUUGGAACACUUUGUGUGCAGAUUUAGAAAUGUUGCCAGGUUGCUAACGUUUAAUGAGGGUAGGAAAAAUGGCAGAGAAAAACAUAGCCAUAAGACUUCUUUAGGAAAGUGAAUGUAUUCCUUAAUCAAAGUAUUCAUUUGUCCUUGUGCCGAGAAAAGCUUGUUUUGUCAAAUUAAUCUUAAGAUACAAUAGGUAACACGUAGAUCUCUAGCACUGUCUAUCACAUUUUUCCUCUUUGCAUCUUUUGGAUUUCUUGUGUAGUGUUAUCGUCAGACAAGGUUGAUGCGAUUAUUUGAUCGAUAGAAAUCGAUGUCUCUGGGCUUCCACAGAAAAACUACAAAAACUAUGCACCUACCAAACAUUUCAUUUAUAAAAUUUAUCACCUAUUUACGGCUUCCAUUUACACCUCAACUGUGUGCAUCAUAGCCAUACUACAUUUUAGGGCUUAUCACCAAGGGCUAGCUCCCUCCCAUCUUCAUCGAAAAUCAAAGAAUCGAUGAAUCGAAGCUUUUACCACUCUGGCAACUUGCAAAUGUCCCUAAAUAUGGGGAACUUCAUCUCUCUCCGCAAACACUUUUCUUUAGCUAUUUGUGAAAAAUGAAAAGAGCGAAGCAUAUGUAUGCAGAACCGGGGGAGGGGCUUACUUCCACCAACACUGGUACGGGAUGUGCCGUAUGUUAGGGAUAACUUUUUUUCAAAUAAAAAAUAAAUUUUUCGAUAUCGGUUUUGGGAAAUCAAACACAUUUAUAAAUUUUGGGAUUAAUUUUUAGCAUGACCCUUAAUUUUGGGAUAUCAUUUUCAAAAGAAAGAUAACAUGGUCUCGUUUACUUGGCUGAGUUGUUGUUUUUUUUUGCAAAUUUGAAUUUGAAUUAAAGGUAUAGUUUUCAUAUUGUAUCAGAAAUUUGGGGUAGGAUUUUUGGAAAUUUUUAAAUUUCAGGGUAUGUUGUCAUAUUUCAAAAUGGCACAACCCCAUCCUCAGCCUAUUAAAGUUACCCCCUCCCCCCGGGUCCGGAACCCAAGGAAUUUUUGAUCCACUCGCAGCACAUAUAAUCAUUACUUUACGGCUGUCAUCAAGAGACCAUCAACUUUUGUAAGUGACGCAAACGCAUCAAGAAAUAUGGCUGUCGAUAACAUCUUAAUCUUAUGCUUUUUAUUAACUUUGCAUUCAUUUCUCUUAAAACUCCUAAGCUAAGAAGUAGUGAAACAGAAUUUAAUACCUAAAGACCUGAGCAACAUGGCAAUUUACAUUAGAAGUGUUUGAAAUCCUGCCCAUUUUUAGCUUUGAAGCUUCUUCUUUUCCGCGGUUUAUCAUCCAGAGCGUUUAGAACUCCGUCUACUUU